AGCAGCAGUGAUUUUGUUAAUCGAAAUAGAAGACUGAUUUUAGUGGACGUGGAUAGAAUUUUUUUUGUUUUAAAUUAUAAAUUAGUAAUUAUACAAAAUUUAGACAUUUCGUAAAUGAAAUGAAACAAAUGAUAACGCUUGUUUAAAGUCGUUACAUGACAGUUGGUAAUUGGCUGUCAGUGACUAUUUUCAGUCCAAGUCGAAGCCGAAACAGAAACAGAAACAGAAGCAGAAGAAGAAACAGAAACCGAAACGAGCAACAGCAGCUGAGCUAACAGUACGUCGCUGUCGUCGUUGUCGUAGUUCCAUUUGCUCAUGAGUAUCUAUAUCGGUAUCAGUUGUCGCAGUGGGUCGCAGCCAGCGUAACCGAGCAGCUUGACACGUAGUCUCCAACCUGGAAGCUUAUAUAUCUUUACUUAAACGUAGAAUGCGUCGUCCGAACAUAAAAUGGAUGAUCAAGUCGGUGGUUCUGGUGCUGCUCGCACUGAUGCUGUUCCUGCUUAUCACCAGCUGGAUAUCAUCCACUCCGUACACCAAUAAACCAGUGCACCAUGGCAUCCAACCUGAACCCUUGGUGCGAACCGGACACAGAAAAGCCGAUCGACUAAAGGAACGUCUCAGUGAUGGACAAAUGAAGGCACAGGAGCAAAUGGAUCAACCACUGCAUAGAAAAGAACCAAAGGCGCAGCAGAAGCCAGAUCAUCCCGACGUUAUAUACGAAGAAAACGGAGAGGACGAGGAAGAUCAGGCCGGGAAUGGGGUGUUGCCGCCUUUGCCCAAUGGCAUACCCAACGGGGAAGAGAAGAAUGAUAUGCAAGUAGCAGCACCUCUUGCCGAUUCUCUCAAGAAGGAUUGGCAUGACUACAAGGCGAUGAAGAGCGACGGCAAGCGAGUGGGCAUUGGUGAACAGGGCGUGGCCGGCAAGCUAGAGGAUGAGAAUGUGCGGGAAUCGGAGCGUACGCUAUCACUUGAAAAUGGCUUCAACGCUCUGCUCUCCGACUCCAUAUCGGUGAAUCGUUCCCUGCCCGACAUACGACAUAAGGACUGCCGCAAGAAAAAGUAUCUCCGAAAGCUUCCCACGGUCUCCGUCAUCAUCAUCUUUUACAAUGAGUAUUUAUCCGUCCUCAUGCGCUCCGUGCACAGCUUAAUAAAUCGCUCACCACCGGAGCUGCUCAAGGAGAUCAUUCUGGUGGAUGACUUUAGUGAUCGCGCGUAUCUGUACAAACCUCUGGAGGAGUACAUUGCCGAGCACUUUAGCAUAGUGCGUGUGGUGCGUCUGGCACAGCGCACGGGUUUGAUUGGAGCUCGGUCUGCGGGUGCACGGAACGCCACUGCCGAAGUGCUCAUCUUUCUGGACUCGCACGUGGAGGCGAACUACAAUUGGUUGCCACCGCUACUGGAGCCAAUUGCCCAGAAUAAACGCACUGCCGUCUGUCCGUUUAUUGAUGUCAUCGAUCACAGCAAUUUCAAUUACCGGGCACAGGAUGAGGGAGCACGUGGAGCAUUCGAUUGGCAGUUCUUCUACAAGCGCUUGCCGCUGCUGCCGGAGGAUCUCAAGCAUCCAGCGGAUCCAUUCAAGAGUCCCGUCAUGGCUGGUGGCCUUUUUGCCAUUUCCACAGAGUUCUUUUGGGAACUGGGAGGAUACGACGAGGGUCUGGACAUCUGGGGUGGCGAGCAGUAUGAAUUGAGUUUCAAGAUUUGGAUGUGUGGCGGAGAAAUGUAUGACGCACCUUGCUCACGUGUUGGCCACAUCUAUCGGGGACCACGCAAUCAUGUUCCUAGUCCACGCAAAGGUGACUAUUUGCACAAGAACUACAAGCGAGUCGCCGAAGUCUGGAUGGACGAGUACAAAAACUAUUUGUACGCCAAUGGCGAUGGCAUCUACGAACGCACAGAUGCUGGUGAUAUUACCGCACAGAAGGCGAUACGCAACAAGCUGAAGUGCAAAUCCUUCAAGUGGUUUAUGGAGAAUGUGGCCUUCGAUCUGAUGAAGUCUUAUCCGCCCUUUGAUCCUCCCAAUUAUGCUAGUGGUGCCAUCCAGAAUGUGGGUGAUUCGAGCAAGUGCAUCGACACCCUUGGACGGAAGCGACACAAUCGAAUGGGCAUUUAUCACUGUGCCGAUGAUUUGGUGAAGCCACAGAGGACCCAGUACUGGGCACUCAGUUGGAAGCGAGAUCUGCGACUGCACCGUACCAAGGAUUGCCUGGACGUGCAAAUCUGGGAUGCUAAUGCACCCAUUUGGCUGUGGGACUGUCACGGGCAACAGGGCAAUCAAUAUUGGUAUUACGACUACCACACCAAGAUGAUUAAGCAUGGUCUGGAGGGUAAACGUUGUAUGGAACUGUUGCCCUCCUCCGAGGAACUGGUUGUCAAUCCCUGCGAUAAGAGUAACAAAUAUAUGAGGUGGAAUUUUGGUUUUGUUAACAAAACCGCACUAGACAAUUACAGCAAAGAGCUGGAGCUGAAGCUUUAGUAGUGUUUAAUGUGUAAAUUCAAUCAUCUCUUGCCAUGUUCUUAAAAUGCAAUUGUAAAGUCUAAUUUUGUAUUUUAUAUAGUUUUUGGCCUCAAAUACACUAUAGAGUUUUUUUUAAUAGAGCGUAGAGAAUAGAGUUAAGUAGUGUUCGGUAGAGUAGUGUAAACACAUUGUAGGGCUACACUCUACUCUCUACAAUCUAUUGAGUAUUUGAGGCUUUAUGUACAGAUAUAUAAGUAUUUGAAGAGAGAGUGAGAGAGAGAGGGAGAAAAUAAUGGAGAAAGUAGAGUAUAGUCUUAAGUUAACUAUACCCAAGUUAUGUUUUGAACGCACAUUCCAAUUGUCAGUAAUUAAGUAAGAAGUACUUAUAUUAAUUCCGACUAUAAAUAAAAAUAGCAUAUUUUUGUUUAA